AUGCCUUCUAAUUUGCCAACCACCAUCCAAACUACUAAUACAAAUACCAACAAACGUUUUUUCAAUUGGGUUUUUGAAUCAAACAACAUGGAAAGAUCAAGCAUUCUUGGAGAAUCAUAUUUUGAGGAGUAUGAUCGGGAGAAAGUAGACGACAUUGCUUUGCGUCUCUCGCUCCAAUGUGUUAUCCGAGAUUCUAUUUUAUGCCGUGCCUCUUCUCAUGUCACCAUCUCUUCGAAAACCUCGACUUCAAUAACUUCUUCGACCGCCACCUUUAUUGAUCACCUUUUUAUGAAAUUCAAAGACAUGACAAUUCGCGCAUCUUUAAACGAUUUAUCAAAACUUUAUAUCAGUUUAAUGGACAAAAAUACUAAAGAAUUUUUAAUACUGAAUGUUAAUGCUUUUGGAUGGCGAUUCGAGGAUAUGAAUUGGGGGAUUGGUGCCACGAAAAUGAAAAGUUUACCAAACGCUGGUGGUGGAAGUUUAUUAUCUGAAGUUUUUUCCUGUGAAAUCAUGGAAAGAAUUUUGCGUGUAGAGCUGCUCAAAACUGAG